AUGCAAGACGCCUCCUCCCAGAUGACGGCUCUGAGCACAGCUUACCCUGCAACGUCACCUGGCCUGGGGGGUCUUUGUUUACCAGGGGUGGCCUGCCGGGGUCAGUCGACGAGCCCCCCGCAAGGACGGGAUCCCGCCGUCUUUGCACCUCCGACUGCGAUGGCGACGGGAUCGUCCGGAGCAGCUGGACCGGGACCGGCACAUCCGGGGCCCAGCCAAGUUACGAGGGAGGACUGCGAGGCACCGCUGCCGGGCGCAACAAGCCAUGCAGAGGUUCAGGCUCCGCCAACACUUGCAAUUCGUUCCAGACAGGCCAAUGCUAUGCCUGCGACGAUUGGCAUUCCCAUCCCCAGCAGACGGGAAGAGGAACAGGUGAAUUAUGUGACGGAGACGGUCACCACGCCCGAAAGGAAGGGAAGGCGGCCCCCUGCACCCGGCCCUGUUCCACUUCUCAGUUUCAAGUCCAACGCCUCCAUUAGCAGUGAGAGGGGCGUUGCUCCAUACUCAAGAUCCAAGUCUUCUGGCGCAUUGUCAGGUGACAUUCCACAUGCAACCCCCACGUCUUCAUUCUCGUCCGUGCACACUGUUACUUCAACCUUCGUUUCCAAGCAAAUGACAUCAACUUCUUUCCGGUGGGCACCGGGAGAUGCCUUGGUACACUGCUGGCACAGAAAGCUGAGCGACACGUACCAGGACUACAACAUGGUUAAUCUUGUAGGUGAGGGAAGAAAUGGUGCUGUCUUUAUUGUUCAGCACAAAGUCAGCGAGCAGUACUAUGCCUGUAAAGUUCUGCACAAGGCAGAGCAAGACUCCAGCGCCCUCCGUGCUGAGAUCAAGAACCUGCGCAUGCUCGACCAUCCGAAUGUUGUCCGCCUCUACGAAGUCAAUGAAGACGCCGAGGCAGUCUUUCUCCUGAUGGAGUAUUGCUGCGGCGGAGACCUUUUCAGUUUGGUGACGGAGUCUCCAAAGGGUCAUCUACCGGAGAACGUUGCGAGAUCUUUUGCGGAGCAAAUGCUCAAUGCCCUGGCGUACUGCCACUCCAUGGGCAUUGUUCAUCGGGACGUGAAGCCCGAGAACUUUUUGCUAGAAGGGAGACUUGAAGAGGAUGCCGGUGCCACGCUGAAAUUAGCUGACUUUGGCAUCGCAACUCACAUCCGGUGUCCGGAGAGCCAGGGAGAGGGCCAGGUGAAUGGCAGUGUGCCGUACAUGGCACCAGAGCUCUUCUCCAAGCGCUGGAGCUCCCUGGUGCGUGAUUCACAGGGCGAUCGGCAUGCACUGGCUGCCAGCGACCUGUGGAGUUGCGCGAUCGUGAUCUAUGUGAUGCUUUCGGGCGACUUGCCCUAUGGAUCAGAUGAGUACAGGAUAGCCAGUGGAGAACCACCAGACUUCUCGAAGGAGGUUUGGCAAACAGUGUCUCCCGAAGCUAUCGACCUGAUCAGAAAGCUUCUGCAGCCAGAAGUGGAGGAAAGAUGGACCGCACCACAGGCUCUCCGUCACGAGUGGUUCACGGCGAAGACCACGCGGGCAUCUCCGGAGUCUUUGGGCAACAGGUCAAUCUUCACCGAGCGCUCGGAAGGGCUUGGCUUCACCCAGAGCUCCCUCGAGUUUGCGCGUGCCAUGCUGCGCAGCUUGCGACGAUGGCGGCAGCAUCCCUUCCUGAGGCGAAUGGUAAUUGCCGGCAUCGCCAAACGCAUGGAGGCUGACAAUCCUUCCAGAAAAUUCGCGGAGACCGCGUACCAAGCCUUUAAAGGAUCGCAGGACAAGCUUCGCAACGAUCAGCUUGUGCAAGUUCUCAACAGCGCAUUUUGUGGGAGCAGCCCUCCCCCAGAUGCAUCAUGCUCUUCACAGACCACGGCGAGCAACGAGUCCUUUUUGCAGGCCGGUGAGAGCGUGCGCACAACGCGCAGCAACAGCUCAGCUGGCUCUGCUUUCUCGCCUGGUGGAAGAAGUGUUACUGGCCUCUACGUACGCCUGCACCUCAGCCUCAAACUCGCACAAGGCGACACGGCCAGGCAAUGUGCGCAAUUGUUUGAAUUCUCUCAGUCUGUCGUUAUUGAUGGCUUGACCGGGGCCAGUGCGGCAGCAGCCCUUAGAGGCUGCCAGGUCUCGAAAACCUUCAAGUCCCCCAGAUCGAGACGUGCAGGGCUUUUCGUCUGCUUGCCAUUGCAGAACGGCAUUGUUGAUUGCUGUUGUUUCACCACUGAACACGCAAGCAUCCACUCACGUUUGUUACCAUUGUGCUGA